CAAAACUCCAAGCCCGUUUAGGGUCAAAUUGGGCUUCGGGGUCUACUCAUAAUCUGUUUCCUUGGCCCAUCGUAGAAACCCUUUUGCAAAACCUUCUCUGCUCUUUCUUUUCACCAUUCUUCUCAAGUGUGUGUGCUCGCUGUCAUUCAUACAACUUUUGAAACCUAAAAAUGGUUCGGAGCUUGAAGAAUCCAAAGAAGGCGAAACGAAAGAGCAAGGCCUCGAAGAAAGGCGAAGGGACUUCGUCGAAUUCGGGGCCCACGGUGGAAGCAAAGGUGUGGCAACCAGGUGUUGACAAGUUGGAGGAAGGAGAGGAGCUUCAGUGUGAUCCUUCUGCUUACAAUUCCCUUCAUGCUUUUCAUAUUGGGUGGCCUUGCUUGAGCUUCGAUAUAUUGCGAGAUUCCUUAGGGUUGGUCCGCACUGAGUUUCCACAUACAGUGUAUUGUGUUGCGGGAACACAGGCAGAGAAGUCUACCUACAAUUAUAUUGGAAUAUUCAAGUUACAAAAUAUUUCUGGGAAGAGACGUGAAUUAGUGCCCAACAAGAUUGAAAAAGAUGGUUCUGAUAUGGACAGUGACAGUAGUGACAGUGAUGAGGAUGAUGGGGAGGAUGGUGGUGGAUCGGGCUCCCCAAUUUUGCAGUUACGCAAGGUACCUCAUGUAGGAGGCAUUAACCGCAUUCGUGCCAUGCGCCAAAAUCCUCACAUUUGUGCCUCUUGGGCAGAUACAGGCCAUAUUCAAAUGUGGGACUUCAGCUCUCAUUUGAAGGCUUUGAUAGAAUCAGAAACUGAAUCUAUCCGUGGCGGGCCCACUGAUUACAAUCAAGCUCCUUUAGUCAAAUUUACUGGACACAAGGAUGAAGGUUAUGCCAUGGACUGGAGUCCUCUCGUUGCUGGAAGAUUCGUGUCGGGGGAUUGCAAGAAUAAUAUUCAUCUGUGGGAACCUGCAUCUGAUGCUACAUGGAAUAUUGAUGUUAAUCCCUUUGUUGGUCAUACUGCAAGUGUAGAAGAUUUACAGUGGAGUCCAACAGAGCCAUUUGUAUUUGCCUCAUGCUCUGUCGAUGGGAAUAUUGCGAUCUGGGAUAUUCGUUUGGGAAAAUCACCUGCAGUUUCAAUCAAAGCACAUAAAGCUGACGUAAAUGUUAUCACAUGGAACAGCCUGGCGAGCUGUAUGCUAGCAUCCGGUAGUGAUGACGGGACAUUUUCCAUCCGAGAUCUCAGAUUGCUCAAGGAAGGAGACUCUGUAGUUGCACAUUUUGAGUACCAUAAACAUCCAAUCACAUCCAUCGAGUGGAGCCCGCACGAGGCCUCCACCUUAGCUGUGUCUUCUUCGGACAAUCAACUGACAGUGUGGGACCUUUCCUUGGAGAGGGAUGAAGAAGAGGAAGCCGAGUUCAAAGCCAAGACUAAAGAAACAGUCGAUGUCCCCACCGAUUUGCCACCUCAGCUUCUCUUUGUUCAUCAGGGUCAAAAGGACUUGAAAGAACUUCAUUGGCAUUCACAGAUACCUGGGAUGAUUAUAUCCACAGCUGCUGAUGGCUUUAACAUAUUAAUGCCUUCAAACAUUGAAUCUGCUCUUCCUGCUAAUGCUUGAUUCUAUUUAAUUUUAUUUUGUUUUUUUUUUUUGGGUUAAUGAAUGUGAAUCAAAUUUUGUCCUUAAAUGUUAUAGACCUCUUGGUAUAAAAUAUUGAAGUCUUAAAAUUCCCAGUUGAAAAGGGUGUUGUGAAUUGUGAUGUUGAUCUAAUGUGUAAUUUUUCAAAUUUGCUUUAACUACAUAUGUGAUGUUCAUUGAUGAUGAUAGGCUAUUUUAAUUUGCAAUAUAUAUGCUAUCAACUAAUAAUUAUGCUUGCA